CCCGGCAGCAUGGCGGAGCUAGCCCAUCCUCAGAGCAAGAGAAAGCGCGAACUGGACGCCGAGGAGACGGAGGCAUCCAGCACAGAGGGAGAGCAAGCGGGCGUUGGGAAUGGUACUUCUGCCCCUGUCCGCUUACCUUUCUCCGGCUUUAGGGUGAAAAAAGUGCUGAGGGAGUCUGCGCGGGACAAAAUCAUUUUCCUGCACGGGAAGGUGAAUGAGGCAUCUGGGGACGAGGAUGGGGAGGAUGCUGUUGUGAUCCUAGAGAAGACGCCAUUCCAGGUGGACCAGGUGGCCCAGCUCCUGAAGGGCAGUCCUGAGCUCCAGCUCCAGUUCUCCAAUGAUAUCUACAGCACCUAUCAUCUGUUUCCUCCAAGGCAACUCAGUGAUGUCAAGACAACCGUGGUUUACCCUGCUACAGAGAAGCACCUACAGAAGUAUCUGCGCCAGGACCUCCACCUGGUCCGAGAGACGGGCAGCGACUACAGGAACGUCACCUUGCCCCACCUGGAGUCCCAGAGCCUGAGCAUCCAGUGGGUGUACAACAUUCUCGACAAGAAGGCUGAAGCAGACCGGAUUGUUUUUGAGAACCCAGAUCCGUCUGACGGCUUUGUCCUGAUCCCCGACCUCAAGUGGAACCAACAGCAGCUCGAUGACCUGUACCUGAUCGCCAUCUGCCAUCGCCGGGGCAUCAAGUCGCUUCGGGACCUCACCCCAGAGCACCUGCCGCUGCUCAGGAACAUUCUCCGGGAGGGGCAGGAGGCCAUCCUGCGGCGCUACCAGGUGGCGGCGGACCGGCUCCGCGUUUAUCUGCACUACCUGCCCUCGUAUUACCACCUGCACGUGCACUUCACCGCCCUGGGCUUCGAGGCCCCGGGUGCCGGCGUGGAGCGUGCCCACCUGCUGGCGGAGGUGAUCGACAACCUGGAGCAGGACCCCGAGUACUACCAGCGUCGCACGCUCACCUUUGCACUCCGGGCUGACGACCCCCUCCUGGCGCUCCUGCAGGAGGCCCAGAGAGGCUGAGAAGAGACCACCCUUGUUGGGGAUGGGGGCAGCAGGGUUUUUUUGCACCAAGUGAAUUUUUUUUUUUAAUGUAUUU